AGCAACAUCCAGUGGAUGCACCGACUCCAGAGGCGUGGAUUCCCAGCACUGUAGUCUUUUUAAGGAUAAAUAGGCUCUUUGCCUUUAAGUCGACUGUACCCCACUGUGCAGAGAUGGGCUAUGUAGUGUUAGCCUUCUGUUUUGUCGGCACAUAAAAAGAUGUGCCGUCUAGUUGUUUCUAAUAAUAGCCAAUCUUAUUUUACCACACCGACGCCUUAUUGCAUUAUGGAUGCCUCUGGAAUGGUGUCCCUGCAAGAUAGCGUGGGAAUAUUUCAGUAGAGGCUGUGGCUGUGCAUCUCAGGGCUAAAUGCUCCAGCAUCUUCUCAAUUUGCCCGCCUAUAGCUGCAACAGCAUCUCAUUUACCGUAGGCUGUUACUGUGUCAUGGCUGUAGUGUGAGCCCAGGCUGCUGUGCAUGGGGAUGCGUUUCUUUUAUCCGCUGCUGUAGACUUUAUUCUCUGCAUGCCGGAUUUAACUCCAAAGGAGCGCUAUGCGGGAGUAUAAGGUGGUGGUGCUCGGCAGCGGCGGGGUGGGGAAGUCCGCGCUGACGGUCCAGUUUGUCACCGGAACAUUUAUAGAGAAGUACGACCCGACCAUUGAAGAUUUCUACAGAAAGGAGAUCGAGGUGGACUCCUCUCCGUCCGUGCUGGAGAUCCUCGACACAGCCGGCACCGAGCAGUUCGCCUCAAUGAGGGACCUUUACAUCAGGAACGGCCAAGGCUUCAUUCUGGUCUACAGUCUGGUCAACCAGCAAAGUUUUCAGGACAUAAAGCCCAUGAGAGACCAGAUCAUCAGGGUGAAAAGGUAUCAGCAGGUGCCGGUGGUGCUGGUAGGAAACAAGGUGGACCUGGAAGAGGAGAGGGAAGUGUCCCCCAGCGAGGGGCAGGCGCUGGCUGAAGACUGGGGCUGCCCCUUCAUGGAGACGUCGGCCAAGAGCAAGACCAUGGUGGACGAGCUUUUCGCCGAGAUCGUGAGGCAGAUGGACUUCUGCCCUCUGCCAGACCGGAGAGAGACCUGCUGCCCCGCCUGCAGCAUACAGUAGCAGCUGAUCAGUCUGCUGGAGGGGUGAUGGAUGGGAGGAUGAUUAGAAAUUAGAAUGCAAAUGAAUUCAUGUCAUAUAGAUUGAAGAUGGAGGGAUUUAAAGGAAAAAUCCACUCUUUCUUAAACUAUUUCCACCUGCUUUCUGUAUCUAGCAGUUUAGGCCUGUGCUCUGGUCGAGAGGCAUUCUGGGAAAUGUAGGAAAUCAUUAACUGAAGCAGAAGUGGACAAAGCAGAUUAAGGGAAAAUUUAAUUUCAACAUUCAUCACUCCUCGGACACAGGGUGGAUUUUCCCUUAAAAGAAAAAAACAACACUUGACCUCCCACAUUCAUCACCGACCUCCUUUCGGGGUUUCCCAAAAGCAGCACGGUGCCAAAACCAUCUUAAAAGCCAUCGACAAAGAGGAUCAUAGUGCUAAAUGCUUUUGGGAAACCAGCCAUAGGUCCAAGCAGGGAUGGCAGUGUGCUCAGCAGUUUUAUUGGUCCUUUUUUCUUCUGCUUGUGUUUUUCUUUUUGCACUUUUGGGACUCUUCGACAGUGCAAGACCAAUCACCAUGUAUCUGAACAGAUGUCAAGUAACACCACUGUGAAGGAGUCAUACUGGAUGUUAAUUUUAUAGCAGGCCCGCCUAACUAUGAAUGAAUAAAUGAACGAAUGUUUAAAAAGGAAACCGCACCUUUGGGGAAAUUCAUCCAGAAGAUCCCAAAUGUUGACAUUACUGUGGAUGAUGUAUGCAUGAAGUUGUACUGUCACACUGACAUUGAGUACAAUCAAUCUCACCCAAAGAGACAGUAUUAAUCAAUCAACUGAUCAAUCAGUCAUUAAAAAUGUGCGGACACCUGUCUUAACACCUUACAGAUGAUACAAAUGCCUUGUUACAUUGUAUGAAGUGAACAUCAGUGUCAGUGUAUAGAUCAUUUAUCUUAAGUCACAUCAGAUAUGUUAGUGGUUCAAUGUGAGAAACACUUAUUUUCAACAAAAAAUAAAUCUUUAUGCACAAA